AUGGCACAAACGCCGUUCCUUACGAUCGAAGAUGCUAAAAUCGGUUUUAAUAUCUUCUGUUGUUUCUGUGGAAUCGGAUCCCUUUCGAUGCCAUCCAAUUACGCGCGAGCGGGACCAAUACAUGGCACAAUAGCACUUUUACUCAUGGCAUUUGUAAACAUCUACGCUACGAUUGCUUUAUCUAAGGUCAUCUACACAGCUCCAUCAUCCGUCAAAACAUUUACUGAUGUCGGUGCUUGGGUCUUGGGCUCCACAGGUCGCUACGCUGUCAUGAUAUCCCAGAUGCUUGUCUGUCUACUUCUACCGUGUGCGUUUUUAGUACUCGGAAGUAUCCUUCUCGAUGUCUUGUUCCCAAACGCAUUCAGUCAGAUUUUUUGGAUGAUAUUUAUGGCGAUUACAGUCAUUCCAGUGUGUAUGAUUCCCACUUUAAAAGAAGCCGCCUCCAUUGCGCUCGUUGGAUGCAUUGGCACAAUCACAGCAGAUGUCGUUGGAGUCAUGAUUUUAGAAUGGGAAAUGCAAGGCCAUCCGUCGAUUCCAGAGCCUAACAUAUCGUUCCACCAAGUGCUCAUGGCUUUCGGCAACCUCGCUCUAUCCUACGGGGCCGCGGUGGUACUACCGGAUCUCCAACGGCAACAUCCCCAGCCAGAACGAAUGCCACGCAUAAUUUUCAUCAGCAUGACUACUGGUACGGUCUUUUUCUUAGCCAUUGCUAUCGCCGGGUACGCUGCUGGUGGGUGUCAACUCUCGGGUAACCUUCUGUUUUCAAUUGUUAAUGCGUCGGACCCGUAUGCUACGUCGGCGCUGGGUUUUAUUCCGAAUCGUGGUGCAGUUAUUAUGGCAUAUAUGUUCAUGCACAUCCAUAUUGUCAUAGCAUUUUCGACAAUUAUCAUGCCGGCAUUCUACAUGGCCGAGCGAUUUAUAUUGGGUAUGCACAAAGAUCAAUCUGUGCUUGAUGAAGAGCAAGGAAUUGACAUGCGUGAGAAGCCCUCAUCUCUAGCAAAUGCGUCAAAUUCUGACAGUAAUUUUGCUGCCUCGAUUUCGCCUCAAGUGGCGAUCAAGUACGAGGACGAAUCAGCUGAGUACCGUGGCAAGAUCAAUACCAUUCGGUACAUCCUUCUUCGUCUGAUUAUCCUCACGCUGCUUGUUGUAGCGUCGAUUUUCCUCCGCGGAAAAUUUCUUGACCUUGUUGACUUUACAGGUGCCUCAGCUGUAACUGUUGGUAGUAUCGUACUCCCUCUGCUGUUCUACCUCAAAGUCUUUUGGAACAAGCUUUCGAUGCUCGAACGCACUGGCUGUAUACUCAUCACUGUUGUGUGCUCAAUUCUCGGCAUAUACGUUAUGAUCUAUGCCGCCAUGAACCUAUUUACCCCCGAAACGAAUACGACGACGUUCCCAUACUGCUCUGACGCGUAUCAGGCGGACCCAUACUACAUUCGAGAUUCUACCUCGAGUUAA